AUGUCGUUUGCGUCAGCGAUCACCUUCGUCGUUGCUACUUGGUGCAUCUGCGUGGGUUGGCCAUGGUAUCGCAACUGGAUACAAGCAAAGGAGCUGCAUGUGCCGAUCAUCCUGAGUCCUAUCUCGACUAGUGGUAUAGCAUUGCAGUUACUGAGAUAUAUCCUGGAUCUCGGUAUUCUACCAACCUGUAUCACCCAAUUGCCGUUUGUUAGACUGCUCCGCAGAAACGCGAGAUUCCAGGACAAGUUCUCUGUUCAUGCCACCUAUGGAAAGCUAUUCAUUUUGGUUACGCCGGCGACAUGUGAGCUAUACGUGGCAGAUACAGACGCAGCAAAACAGGUGCUGACCCGGUGGAGAGACUUUCCAAAACCAAGUAGCCUCCUAGAAAAAAUGAAUGUCUUCGGCACAAACCUAGCUACGGUAGAAGGGGCCGAUUGGCAGCGUCAUCGGAAAUUGACUGCGCGUGCAUUCAACGAGACACUGCACGAGGCAGUUUGGGGUGAAUCGACGAGGAAUGCGACAAGGGUAUUGAAGCAAUGGACCAACACCAAGUCUGUGAACAGUACACGGUCCGAUAUUUUGGCGCUGAGCCUGGGUGUGCUUUUUAAAGCGUGUCUUAAUAUUGAUGGAGUCGACAAAGAGGAUACUAGGAUAUUAGCCGGUGACGUUGCCGCCUGCCAAUGGCAUCUAGAUGUGGUUCUAAACGGGAUAUCGAACCCAACGGCUUUAGGGCGAGGAUUUGAGGAACUAAAAAAAUUUAAGACGAGCUAUAACGCCUUGGGCGAGUUAUUGACCGAGUUUGUGGAAGCCCGAACGGCACGAUCAGAACAGACAGCGCACGCAGACCUCCUUUCGUCACUCCUUGCUCCGACAGAUCAUCGCAGUUUAUCAAGCAAUGAAGUAACGGGAAACCUCUUUCUCUUCAUGUUCGCCGGCCACGAGACCACUGCAAAUGCUUUGGUCUAUAUUAUCCAUCUCAUGGCGAUAUUCCCAGCUUGGCAAGACUGGGCACUAGAAGAGAUUGACAACUUGUUACAGAUUCAAGCCAGUGGAGACAAAGAUCCUUCCUCUAGCCAGAUUCUGCCUCAAACACAACGACUCCGAGCAAUCCUGUACGAGACUGUUCGGCUCUACGGCCCUGUCCCGAAUAUAUUGCGAAAUACAGGUGCCAAUGCCCAGACCCUAGUGCUACCUGAGCGGGAGUUCGUAAUCCCUAAACACACGUCUGUAAAUGUGAAUGCGAUAGCCUUACAUACUGAUCCCAAGCAAUGGGACCCUGACCCUCUGGUCUGGAGACCCGAUCGGUGGAUAUUGCAGGAGUCCGAUUCCUCCCCGCCAAUGGUUUCCAAUGAAUUGCUCCAGUACCUCUUUGCCUGGGGAGUCGGACCGCGGCUGUGUCCUGGACAGAAGUUCUCACAGAUAGAGGUCUUCGCGGUUCUUCUCUGCCUUUUUAAACGCCACCGUGUGGAGCUAGUGCCUUCUCCUGAUCAAACUAUGGACCAGGCAAGAUCUCAUGCACUUUCCUUGAUACAGAAUAGUAUGGUGGGCCUUACGUUGCAGAUGCCCUCUGCCGAGUCCGUAGGCCUUCGAUGGGUGGGGCGAUAA